AUGGCUCAAAUACAGAACAAACGCGAAUAUGAGCUCAUUUUGCUCGGCGCCACUGGCUAUACCGGAAAGUUGGUCGCAGAAUGGAUCAGUACACACCUGCCUGAAGAUCUCAAAUGGGCAAUUGCUGGACGAAACGCGAAGAAGCUGCAGGGUGUAAUCGACGAAUUGCAGAAGCUCAAUGCCAACCGCAAACUGCCGGACAUUGAAACCUGCGAAUUGCAGCCAGAUCAACUCAACACCCUCGUUAAGAAGACCAAGCUCCUCAUAACCACAGUCGGCCCCUUUAUGCACUACGGAGAGCCCGUCCUCGCUGCCUGCGCCGCCAACGGCACUCAUUACCUGGACUCUACUGGUGAAAUUCCCUGGGUCUACGACAUGAUCAAGAAAUACGAUGCCCUCGCCAAGUCCAACAGGAGCAUUAUCAUCCCAGAGGCCGGUCUUGACUCAGUGCCAGCCGAUAUCAUGGCCUAUGUCCUCGCUCGCGCAGUCAAGAAUAAGUUCCAAACCGACUGUGAGCACGUCCUUAUGACCCUGUACGACGCCAAGACUGGUGUCUCUGGCGGCACAGCGCUGACCAUGUUGGAGUUGUUUGGAAACUACUCCCUUGGACACCUGUCCAAGUCUAUGCACCCCUACUCUCUCAGCCCGAAGAAGUUCGACAAGCAGCUUGACAAGCCUGCUGACAGCCCGAGCGGUUUCCUGCCCAACAUCGCAGAGCUCGGUGGUAUGCAAACCACAGGUCUGAUGGCAAGCGUUGAUACCUGCAUUGUGCACCGCUCUGCUGGAAUUUACGGAUACGGACCCCAUUUCCGCUUUAACGAGUACAUGCGCGCCAAGUCCUUGGUUCAAGGUAUUGUUGUCAAGGUUGCUCUGGGCCUCGUUGGGCUCUUCUUGGCACUACCACCCACUCGCUUGGUCCUCGCACUUCUGUUCAAGAAGUUCUUGAUUCCUGCACCUGGCGAGGGCCCCAGUAGGGAAAGCAUGAAGAACGACUUCAUGUCUUACCGCGGCGUGGGCGUUGCGGAGAGUGGACAGAAGGUUACAGCGAAGAUCGACAUUGCUCACGGUGGUUACGUGGCUACCGCUAUUACUCUGUCCGCAGCUGCGAAUGUCAUCCUGAGGGGUAGGCUUGAGGAGACUGAGGCGGGACGAUUGGGAGGUGGUAUUCUUACACCUGCGACUCUGGGUGAGCAGUACGCGGAGACACUAAACGAUUUUGGUAUGAAGAUCCAGAUUGACGCAUAA